AUGCUGCAACAGCCUUCGUAUGGCAAUCAAAUAUCAGGUGGUUUCCAAUCUAAUAUGCAACAGCAGCCUUCUUUUGGUCAACCACAGAUGAUGCCACAGACUAGCUUUGGUGUCCAGCAACAACAACAACAACCAUCGUUUAACCAGUUCCAACAGCAACCUAAUAUGAACCAAUUAUCAAAUAUGUUCCAAAAUACUAAUAUCAAUGGUUCAAACACAUUUAACCAACCCCAAGCCCAAUUUCCUACUACAACAUUUGGUCAACAACCUCAAUUCCAACCUUUACAAUCGCAACCUACUGGUGCCGGAUUUGGUAAUGCUCCAUCUACUUUACAAAACCAACCUACAGGCGGAAGAAGAGCUAAUCUUCAAGCUGCUACACCCGAUAAUCCUUUUGGAUUUUAA